AUGGCACAUCUCAUCAACAAGGCUCGGAGGCCCAAAUUCGACGUACAUCUCAAGAUCUACGACCUCAAUAACGUACCCUUGGUCCAGGGCGUCUCGCUCAUAAAAUGGCAUCUACCACACUCUAUCCAUGGCGAGCACCGCGGGCGGACUGCCAAGUGCCCCAUCGCCAACCACCGCGUAGAGUACGGCUAUGGCAAGGUCAUCCCCGUGCGCAUCGGCAUCGACAAGAACAACAACCUGUCCGAGUGCCUGAUCGAAUUCGAGGUCCUGCAGGAGUUCAGCACCCACGGCGUCACCGGGAGGACCGAGACCAUCACGCUAGGUAAGGUGGCUUUGAACCUCAGCGAAUACGUCGAGGAGAGCGAAACCGUGGUGCGCGAGGCACCGUUCCGGAGUCGGGGCCCCAGUGUCGGCAGCAACACAAAGGGCUCUGCUGGCAACGAUAACUCUUCGUCACACACACGGAAGAGAAGUAGUCUGUCACAACACACACCCGUCACCCCGGACUCGGCCGGCAGCCCCAAGUCCACAGCAGAACCCUCGAAAUCGAACUCCAAUGACGUCCCAAACAACAACAAGGCUCCCUCGAUAAACGAGCCUGCCCCAGAGCAGCAUGUCGAUGAUGGUGUCAUUCGGCGCUACUUGAUGCAGGACUCCAAGAUCAACAGCACCCUCAAGAUCGGCGUUCUCAUGAAGCAGGUAGACGGCGAGCGCAAUUUCUCAGCACCGCCGCUCAAGACAGCCGCCGUGUUCGGCGGCAUCGCAGGCAUGGUGGCCGAGGCAGCUAGCGGGCCCGGCGGGGCGGUAGCAGGGCCGGACUCGGCGGCUGCCGAGUUCGGCCACUUCAACCUGCAGGACGACGCGCAGGACCCGAGCGGCGGCAACCUGGGCGCGCAGUUCUCGCUCGGCAAGAACAACGGCAAAUCGCGCGAUGUCUACGAGCUGCAGGACAUGUACCGCCGCGCGCUGGCCGCCAGCUGGGCGUGCCAGCCCGGCGAGCUCCCCGCCGACGAAUGCAUCGAGGACAUCUUUGAGGGCGGCGACGGCUUCGGCGAGCCCGACGGUGGCUCGCCCGUCGCGUCCCCCACCGCUGCGGGUGACGUCACGCCCAGGGGCCACCAUAGCCACCGCCGCUCGCGCCUCUCACUGUCGCGAGCCGCCGGCAGGUUAGGUUUCAAGCGCGAGGACAGCGGGAGCGCCGGCGACGACGAGUUCCUGCGGCCUAGCGACAGGCGCGGGGUCGGCGGGCAGAAGAGGCACCACUCGCGCCACGGAAGCGGGGAGAGCGGGCACACGGUGACGGGCAGGCAUGAACACGCGCCGUCACAUCACGGCGGGCCGCGUGCACCGAGCGGGCACAGGCGAGAUGGGAGCAAGGAUAGCGGGAGGCCGCCGAGCUCGGCGGGCAUGCGCGGUCGGAGCGAGAGCCUUUCGAGCCUGGCUGCCACGAUUGAGAGCGAGAGGGGCAGGAGCGGGUUCAAGAGCGUGAGGGAGGUCAACGAGUUCGACGUGCGGGAGGACAUGGUUGCCUGGAAGCUGCCUGAAGCCGUCUCUUGA